AUUCUUCUCCCCCUGCAGGAUGGGAACUUUCCUCCGUGUCGGUCUGAGCGGGUCGCGUCUGGAAGUCACUCAGCGUCUGAUGCAUUAAACCCGGAGCGGGAUCGGAAUUAUAACGCGGUUUAUCAGCCGGCUGCUUUUCUUACUGGAGCUUCUGUCGCUUGAAAUGGCGCCUUCCAAUGGAUUUGAGCUAAGCUAAGCUAACCGGCUAAAUCUGCGAGAAGCGCGAACGUUCUUUUCUUUUGUUUUUGCGAGAUAUAUAAAUAUAUUAGCUGAUUGUUUACUCGUGUUUUUUGAAACUGAACUGAAUUUUUCAUUCGACGUGGGAUUUAAUUUAGAGACAAAAAAUCUCGUGUUUUGCGCUUGUGUGGCUUUUAAGGCGAGCUAGCGUUAGCAUUAGCUUGCUAGGUUUUUUGUCUCAACCGGCUAACAAGCUAACGCAUAUUCAAUUUUAUUCCAAAUCUAAACGGACUCGUUAUCGCUCGGCGUGACUAAAACAGGCUUAAAUAAACAAUCUAGACGGAUCAAAUGGCUUCAUCUGUUACAUCAGCGGCUUCAGGCUCGGUCCUCCAGCCCAGAUGGAAGCGAGUGCUGGGCUGGUCGGGCCCGGUCCCUCGUCCUCGGCACGGACACCGAGCCGUGGCCAUCAAGGAGCUGAUGGUGGUGUUCGGGGGUGGAAACGAAGGAAUAGUGGACGAGCUGCACGUCUACAAUACAGCAACCAAUCAGUGGUUUAUCCCAGCCGUCCGGGGCGAUAUACCCCCCGGCUGUGCCGCGUACGGAUUUGUGUGUGAUGGCACUCGACUGCUCGUGUUUGGCGGAAUGGUCGAAUAUGGGAAAUACAGCAACGAUCUCUAUGAACUACAGGCCAGCAGAUGGGAGUGGAAACGGCUGAAACCUAAAGCUCCGAAGAACGGCCCUCCUCCGUGUCCGCGCCUGGGCCACAGCUUCUCACUCGUGGGAAACAAAUGCUACCUGUUUGGUGGACUCGCAAAUGACAGCGAGGAUCCCAAAAACAAUAUUCCAAGAUACCUGAAUGAUCUGUACACGCUCGAACUGCGUCCCGGCUCCAACGUGGUGGGCUGGGACGUCCCCAUCACGUACGGCGUGCUGCCCCCUCCCCGCGAGAGCCACACCGCCGUGGUCUACACGGAGAAAACCUCCAAGAAGUCCCGCCUCGUCAUCUACGGUGGCAUGAGCGGCUGCCGCCUGGGAGACCUCUGGACACUAGAUAUAGAUACCCUGACUUGGCAGAAGCCGGCCAUCAGUGGCACAGCGCCCCUUCCUCGCAGUCUUCACUCUGCCACCACGAUUUCUAACAAGAUGUUCGUAUUUGGCGGUUGGGUGCCCUUGGUCAUGGAUGAUGUGAAAGUGGCUACACAUGAAAAAGAAUGGAAGUGUACGAACACACUGGCAUGCCUCAAUCUCGACUCGAUGACAUGGGAGACCAUUUUGAUGGACACCCUGGAAGACAAUAUCCCCAGAGCCAGGGCGGGGCACUGCUCUGUCGCCAUCAACUCCCGGCUGUACGUGUGGAGCGGCAGGGACGGCUACCGCAAAGCCUGGAACAACCAAGUGUGCUGUAAAGACCUCUGGUAUCUGGAGACGGAUCGUCCCGUGGCGCCGUCCCGCGUGCAGCUGGUCCGAGCCAACACCAACUCCCUGGAGGUGAGCUGGGGCACCGUGCCCACUGCCGACCUGUACCUGCUGCAGCUGCAGAAAUACGACAUCCCGGCAGCCACCGCCGCCUCGUCCCCCGGCGUCACUCCCAUCUCCUCUCUGCCCACCAACUCGCCCAGGAGCCCGGUCCCGGCGGCCGCCGCGCCCGCCUCCCAGAGCAUGCCCAUCACAGGACUGACGCUUAUACCCCAGCUGCCCUCGCCGACCACCUCCAUGCCCGGCAGCCCGCUAGCUGCAGCCUCGCCACGUGGCCCGGCUAUUCUGAAAGUAGCUGCACCUCAGGCCACACCUGGGACGUCCAUCGUGACCGUGCGUCAGGCCAAUCAGGUGGGGAAAUCCCCAGUAACGGUGACGUCACUCCCGGCCGGAGUGCGCAUGGUCGUCCCUGUACAGAGCGCCCAUGGCACGCCGAUCGGGAGCAGCCCUCAGAUGAGCGGCAUGGCCGCCCUGGCUGCCGCCGCGGCCGCCACGCAGAAGAUCCCUCCCUCUUCCGCGGCGACCAUGCUGAACGUCCCGGCAGGAGCCACCAUGGUAAAAACGUUAGCUGUGACUUCAGGGUCCGCAGCUCUGCCGGGUACAUUGAAAGUCGCCUCGCCGGUGACGAUUAGCAAUUCGGCUACGCGCAUGCUAAAGACGGCCGCCGCCCAGGCGUCGACCAUCUCUACGCCCAACACGCCGACACGCCCCAUCAUCACUGUGCACAAGUCUGGAACGGUGACCGUGGCCCAGCAGGCCCAGGUGGUCACCACGGUGGUCGGAGGGGUCACCAAGACCAUCACCCUCGUAAAGAGCCCGCUCACUAUGGGCAGCGGUGGCACUCUGCUCUCUAGCCUGGGGAAGGUAAUGACCAUGGUCCAGACCAAACCAGUACAGAGCUCUGCAGUGACUGGCCAAGCCGGCAGCCCCCUCACUCAGAUCAUACAGACGAAAGGUCCUCUGCCUGCAGGCACUAUCCUCAAGCUGGUCACCUCCGCAGACGGUAAACCCACCACCAUCAUCACGACCACACAGUCAGGUGCCACUGGCACCAAACCCACUAUACUGAACAUCAGCGGAGUCUCGCCUACGUCUGCUAACAAGCCCGGCACUACCAUCAUUAAGACCAUCCCCAUGUCUGCUCUUCAGCAAGGAACUGCAGGUGCUGGUGCUACUGGUCUAAAGUCUCCCAUCACUUUAAUCACCACCAAGAUGAUGACGUCUGGAACAGGUACACCAGGGAAAAUCAUCACAGCAGUACCGAAACUGACCACAGGAGCUGGACAGCAAGGAUUGACUCAGGUGGUCCUGAAGGGGGCGCCAGGGCAGCCCGGCACUAUUCUGCGCACGGUUCCCAUGAGUGGCGUCCGCCUGGUCUCUCCGGGUACCGUGUCUGGGGUGAAACCCACAGUCACCACACUAGUGGUUAAAGGCACCACAGGAGUAACUACUCUUGGCACCGUGACCGGCUCCAACACCACCAGCCUGGCAGGAGCCAAUGUCGCCACUCCUAAUGCCACUCUGGCUACUUCCAUCAACACCCUGGGUACAAUCUCUACGCUUUCUAGUCAGGUGCUUAAUCCCACAGCUAUCACAGUUUCUCCGGCCCAGACCAACAUGACCACUGUACCCACCGUGGCCAUUCAGGCAGCUGCACAGCCCACUCAGGUGACCCUGAUUAGCACCCCUAGUGGUGUAGAGGCCCAGCAGGACCUCCCCGUCUCCAUUCUGGCCUCCCCCACCUCCGAACAACCCUCCGCCACCGGAGUCGAAUCCGGCGAGGCGCCAACCGAAGUGACUUUGGUCUGCUCCAACCCCCCAUGCGAGACCCACGAAACCGGUACCACCAACACGGCCACCACGGCGUCCGCCAGGAUCGGCACGGAGCGCGUGUGUUCUAACCCACCCUGCGAGACGCACGUGACCGGAACCACGAACACGACGACCACGGCCUCGUCCGGCAUGGGCCGCGUGCAGCAGGUGUGCAGCAACCCGCCGUGCGAGACCCACGAGACGGGCACCACCAACACGUCCACGCAGGCGUCCUCGAGCAUGGGCGGCGGCACCACCAAUUCGGUACAGAGAGUCUGUUCCAACCCGCCGUGCGAGACCCACGAGACGGGCACCGCCAACACGCCCACGCAGGCGUCCUCGAGCAUGGGCGGCGGCACCACCAGCACCGUCCAGCGAGUCUGUUCCAACCCUCCGUGCGAGACCCACGAGACCGGCACCACCAACACGCCCACGCAGGCGUCCUCGAGCAUGGGCGGCGGCACCACCAGCACCGUCCAGCGAGUCUGUUCCAACCCUCCGUGCGAGACCCACGAGACCGGCACCACCAACACGCCCACGCAGGCGUCCUCGAGCAUGGGCGGCGGCACCACCAGCACCGUCCAGCGAGUCUGUUCCAACCCUCCGUGCGAGACCCACGAGACGGGCACCACCAACACGCCCACGCAGGCGUCCUCGAGCAUGGGUAGCGACACAACAAACACUGUACAGAGAGUCUGUUCCAACCCACCGUGCGAGACCCACGAGACCGGCACCACCAACACUGCUACACAGGCUUCGUCCACUAUGGGAGCCGGACAGAACGGCAUGGUGCAAAGAGUGUGUUCCAAUCCGCCCUGCGAGACCCACGAAACGGGCACCACAAACACGGCCACCACCGCCACCAGCAGCCUAGAGUCAGGGGAGGGCGCAGCUCAACAGAGCGGCACCGAAGACAGCGGCACCAGCGCCGAGGCCACUUCGUCUACGGAACCUGCCAAUCCAACGCUUCAGAGCAGAGCCAUCACCACGGUAACACAGGCCACGCCUACCCCAGGACCCUCCGUCCCAGAGAUCUCAUCCAUGGCCGUCUCCGUCGCCGUGGUCGAGGGCUCCGGCGAGGCCGAGGCGAUGGAGCAGGGAGACUCGGAGGCGGUGGCGGUCGGCGACGAGCCCAUGCAGACGGAAGGAGUGCUGGGUGUAGGAGUCGUCGCCGUCGGAGAGGGCGCCGCCGGCGAGGCGGCUGCCAUGCUGCAGGUUCACGUUGCCAUGGAGGCGCAGCCCGGACUGGGCGAGCAGGCUGAGAUGGAGCAGGGUGGAGAGGGCGCGGAAGCCGUGGCACUGGCAGGCCAGGACUCCGAGGCCUUGGCACUGCCUCAGGAGCUGAUGGCAGCCGAAGCACAGCAGACCACACUAAUGGUGACCGGUCUGACCCCGGAGGAGCUGGCCGUAACCGCCGCGGCAGAGGCUGCUGCUCAGGCCGCGGCCACAGAGGAGGCCCAGGCCCUCGCCAUACAGGCUGUGCUCCAGGCAGCCCAACAGGCUGUACUCAACGAAGGAGAUGGGGGACACGUCGGCCAGCACACCACGACCAUCCCUAUCGUGUUGACGCAACAGGAGCUGGCCGCUCUCGUCCAGCAGCAGCAGCAGCUCCAGGAGGUCCAAGCGGCCGCCGUGGCCGCCGCACAACAGCUGGCGGCCGAUGCCGCGGCGGCCGCCCUGCCCACCGAGGGCCUGGCCCCUGCUGACAGUCUGAACGACCCCACGAUGGAGAGCAACGGUCACGAACUGGCCGCCGCCGCGGUGGCCGGAGCCGUGGCUCAACUCCUGCCCAGCACUUCUGCUGAAACUUUGGCUCCGUCGAGUACGCUCGCCCCGUCCCAGCCCAUGGUGGUGGCCAGUCCCGCCAAGAUGCAGGCAGCCACAGCGCUCGCUGAGGUGGCCAAUGGCAUCGAGUCUGCAGCCGGGAAACCUGGAAUUCCUGCUGCAGUGGCCAAACCACCGGUGAAGAAAGAGAAUCAGUGGUUUGAUGUCGGAGCGGUAAAAGUGACCAACAUGGUGGUCACACAUUAUUACGUUCCGCCUGAUGAUUCAGAGGUUACAGAUGACGAUUCCGGUAACGUCCCGGACUACAAUCAGAUGAAGAAAGUGGAGCUCUCUCCCGGCACGGCGUACAAGUUCCGCGUGGCCGGGAUCAACACGUGCGGCCGCGGGACGUUUUCCGAAGUGUCCGCGUUCAAGACCUGUCUACCCGGCUUCCCCGGUGCGCCGUGUGCCAUUAAAAUCAGCAAGAGCCCCGACGGCGCUCACCUCACCUGGGAACCACCGUCUGUCACGUCGGGGAAGAUCAUCGAGUACUCCGUCUACCUGGCCAUACAGAGUUCUCAGACGACGGAGGCCAAAGCGUCUGCGCCGGCUCAGCUGGCUUUCCUGCGCGUGAGCUGCGGGCCCAGCCCGUCCUGCCUGGUCUGCCCCAAUAUCUUGGCCAAAGCUCACAUCGACUACACCACCAAACCCGCCAUCAUCUUCCGCAUCGCCGCCCGCAACGAGAAGGGCUACGGCCCCGCCACGCAAGUCAGGUGGCUGCAAGAAACCAGUAAAGACGGAUCUGCCGCGAAACCUGCGGCGAAGAGACCAGUCCCGUCUCCUGAUGUGAAAGGUAUCGGUCCAAAAAAGGCCAGAGCCGACCAGUGAGAGAUCUUGCCAUGUCCCCCCCUUCCCCUCCGAGACCACGUCCCCUGACUGAACUCCUCUUUCUGCUGAAUGCCCUCCCCGGCCUUAUGAAAUCACACCCCCAUCACUUCCUACUUAUAUGAAAUGACGGCAGAAAAAGGAAAAAAAAUCUAGGUAAUCUUACUCGUGCCCUUUUCCCGAUCAUCACUGGACAUUCUGGUGCCAUGGACGCCUUAUCUCUUCAACUGUGUUCAGAGAAAAACGUAUUAUAAAUGUUUCUUCAGACACCUGUUUAAAAAUAAGCACAUUUUAUUUUUAUUACUUUUUUUUUUCGUUUGCUUUUCUUUCCUUUUUUUCCUGGAAAUGUGUGUGAUGUUUCCGACGGCGGCGUUCAUUCAGUCGGCUGUAUCGUUUCAGUAGUUCAGUUAUCCUUUGUAUUCUUUUACCUUAUUUCGAUACAAGCAAUAGAAAAAGAGAAACCGAUUAGCUUUUCUGUCCGAGGCUUUUCUUUUCCCGUUUUUUUUGUACGCAUCUGUAAAUUUCACCCGGGCGCAGACGGAAGGAGGAGGUGGACAGAACGGAGGCAGAGCAGACAACGAAGUUUCACCUGGAAAACCUGACGAAAGGUGUGUGUAUGUGUGUGUGGGGGGGGGAAGCAACAACGCAGCACUUGGUGACGCUUCAGAAGAAAACUUUUCAUUUUAAAGACAUCUGUAAUUGUACAUUUAAUCCAGUCCAGUAGCCUGUUAUUACAUCACUGUGUCUUCAUACAUAGCGGAGAGAGGGACAGAUUUCAGAACUGUACUAUUUUGUACUGAAGAUGUAGAGACUCCGAUCCUUGCAGAGACGGGGAGACUUUUCAGAAUUGCAUUGAAAUACGUCGUGUACAAAGAAAGAGGGAGAAAAUAGUAAGAGGUGACGCAGAAGCUCGCUGUGUGUGGUUUAUUUUUCUAUAUAUUUUUUCUUUUGUUCAUUAUUAUUAUUAUUUUUUUUUUAAUCCAACCCUUUUCCCCUCCUCGUGUGUUCGCAUUUGCGCCGUUUUAAAACUCGUCUCCUGCUCAUUCCUGUAGUCCGUCACGUGGGAUCCUGCGGCCGCUCGAGUUUUCGCCGCCGAGUUUUCUACAUCCCACCUUAAGGAUACUUUCACACGGUGGUUCGAAGAUUGAAGUAAACUUUUUUGUACUCUGGAGAAAGUACCCGCUCGAAACAAACUUGAGAAGAAACCGAAUCUAGUUUUUUUUUGUUGUUUGUUUUUUUGCAUUUGUGUUCAUUUUCUCCCAACUUGUAUAUUGUUGAUCAUUUAAAGGAGCCUGUUGCAGGAAAAUAUUUGUUCUAUUUCGGUUCUUUUUUCCCUCUUGUUAAACUUUACUAGUCCAUAGCUUAUGUAAGCUUUUACUUUCUAAAGUUUCUGUGGAUUUUUUUUUUUCUGUGCUUGUUUGUGAGCUGGUAAAGGCAAAACUGGGAUUUUUCUCAUAGUGGGACGAACGACGAGACGCAUUUUCAUUCAUCUUGUAGAUGUUGAUUUUGCAGAUGGGUCUGAGGUGCAGGGUACAUACACAUGGAUGAUUUCACGAGGACGGCCUCCCUCGCUCGCUGUCUUUGGUAGAACGAGGAGGCCCGAAACCGAUCCUGGAUCAGGAACGUGAUGCCUUGUUUGAUGCCCCGGUCUCUCAAAUGGUCGUUUACACCAACUGGAGGGGUCUGUGUUGGAAUGGAAAUGAGAAACAUUGGUUUGCUUUUCUGUCGGUUGAAAAAAAUUGUGAAUGGGUUAUUGGCACCGCCAGCGUUUAAACUCAGUUGUAAAUUAGUUAUUUCACGUAGCAAGAAGUAAAACAAACAAAAAAACUCCGCCUUUUUAUAUAAUUAUCUGUAACAAAUGUUUUUACAUGUUGUCAUCUAUUGAUUGCUUUUGUGUCUUGACAUAUAAAAGUAAUGGAAAUCUG